AUGGGAGUGGAGUUGGUUUCAAAAAAUUUGGAAGAUGCUGAUAAUUUGAAGCAGGGUUCGAUUGAUGACAGGAAAAGAAGAGAAUUGAAGAAAUUGGCCUUCAAUAUAAAUUAUGAAGGAGGGAGUAAAAAAAAGCGGGGUUGUGGUGGGGUUCUGGUAGUGUGGGACACUAGAUGUGUCAAGGUUUUGGAUUCUUUAGUGGGUAAUUUAUCUGACUCCAUUCUGGUUCAAGCAGAAGGUCAUCCUCCUUGGUGGUUCUCAGGGAUAUAUGGAUCGGUUCACUAUGGUAGUAGGAAUGAGUUUUGGGAUGAGAUCGCAGGCCUUAGUGCUAUUUGUGGGGAUACUUGGUGUUUGGGGGGAGACUUUAAUGUAGUUCGUCGGGUGGAAGAAAAGGCUAACAGUACUACUAAUACGAGGAGCAUGAAGAUUUUCGAUGAGUUAAUUACAGAGAUUAAGUUGGUGGAUCCUAGACUCAACAAUGGGAAAUUUACUUGGAGGUGUGUGCGGGUGGUUUCGGAUCAUAGUCCAAUGAUUCUGGAUUCAAAUCCCCCACUUUGGGGUCCUGGACCUUUUAGAUUCGACAAUCUUUGGCUUAAGCAUAAGGAGUUUCGCUCAAAUUUCAUGAAAUGGUGGUAUGGUGCGUCUCUGAGAUGUGGGUCUGGAAACAAUUUUAUGCUAAAAUUGAGAGAAGUGCAACAGAGGGUUCAAGUGUGGAGUAAAGGGAUUUAUGGACCAAGGAAGUGGGAAAAGCAGGCUCUUGAAAGACGUAUUUCAGAAUUGGAUAGAGUGGGGGAAAUUGGUAAUUGGGAUGAUUCUCUCAUAGUUGAUAGAAGUAGAGUUAAGAGGGAGUGGCAUAAUUUGGUUCUAGAAGAGGAGAGAGGAAACUGGUUGAAGCUCAAGUGUCAAUGGACCAAAGACGGGGAUUAUAAUUCCAGACUUUUCCAUAGUAUCCUCAGUGCUCGUAAAUCAAAGAACUUCAUUUCUAGGAUUGAGAGAAUGGAUGGGAGUAUGCUAAAUGGGGAAAGUGAGAUUGCUGAUGAGAUUGUUAGGUUUUUUUCAAAUUUAUAUUCGGUCGUUGGGCGUCAAUGGAAAGGAAUUCAGGGCAUAGAGUGGAGAAGACUAUCUGGUUUCCUAGGCUGCUUUAUUGAGAGGCCUUUUGAGGAGGAGGAGAUCAAGCAAGCUGUUUUUGAUUGUUCUAGAGAUAAAGCACUAGGGCCUGAUGGGUUUUCUUUGGCUGUGUUUCAUUCAAAUUGGGAUGUCAUUAAGGAUGAUUUAGUGGAGGUUUUUAAGAAGUUCCACGUCGAUGGUUCCAUCCCGAAGGGUUCCAACGAGACCUAUAUAUGUCUUAUUCCUAAAAAGCUCAAUAGUUGUCGCGUGAAUGAUUUCAGGCCAAUUAGCCUUGUCACGAGUGUGUAUAAGAUUAUUUCAAAAGUUUUAGCCAAUAGACUGAAAGGGGUGCUUUCAGAGACUAUUUCAGAAACUCAAGGUGUGUUUGUAGAAGGAAGACAUAUUUUAGAUUCUGUUCUAGUGGCUAAUGAAGCAGUGGAAGAGUAUCGUAGUAAAGGGAAGAGUGGUUGGGUGUUCAAGAUAGAUUUUGAAAAAGCUUACGAUUGUGUGGAGUGGGUGUUCAAGAUAGAUUUUGAAAAAGCUUACGAUUUUGGAUUUUGUGCUAGAUCAAAAAGGUUUUGGCGCUCUUUGGCGAAAGUGGAUGAAGGGCCGAGAGGUAAAUUUGGGGCCUCUCGCGGGCUUCGUCAAGGGGACCCCUUAUCUCCUUUUUUGUUCACCAUUGUGGCGGAUGUUCUCGGUAGCUUGGUGGACAAAGCAAAGGCUUCUUCAGCUUUGCUAGAUAUUCUUAAGGCUUUUUCGGCCAGCUCAGGUUUGCAAAUCAAUUUGCAAAAGUGUCAAUUGUUAGGGCUUAAUGUGGAGGAGGAGGUUGUGAUUUCACGUGCUUCAAUAGUUGGGUGUGAGGUUGGAAAAUGGCAAAUGAGGUACUUAGGUCUUCCUUUGGGAGACAAUCCGAGACUAAAGUCCUUUUGGGAGCCAGUUAUGGCUGAGUGUGCAAAACAGUUAGCUGGGUGGAAGAGUGACUAUAAUAAGGGGUCCGAGCAUUUGGUAGCAUGGAACGAUGUUUGUAAACCCCUUUUUCAAGGUGGUCUUGGAGUAGGACAUUUAGAAGAAAGGAACAAAGCCUUUCUUAUCAAAUGGUUGUGGAGAUUCCCUUUGGGGCGUAAUUUUCUGUGGCACAAAGUGGUGUUGAGUUGUUAUGGCCGGGCGGAAAAUUUGUGGGACACAAAGUCAAUAGGGAGAUUUACUGCGAGGGGCCCGUGGAAGGACAUCUCCUCUCUUUAUGGUGAGUAUUUGGGGAUGUUUCACUUUAAAGUGGGGCGCGGAGAUUUGGUGAGGUUUUGGGAGGACGUUUGGAUUGAAGGGCAAGCAUUGAAGGACAUGUUUCCGAAUUUGGCCAUCAUUUCUCAAGCUAGGAACACUCCAAUUUUUGAGAUGGGUGUUUCUAGGGAUGGGGGAGCAGGGGUGGAUUGGGACUUUCGUUUCAGAAGGUCUCUUUUUGAUAGGGAAGUUCUAUCAUUGAUUGAGUUACUAAGGAUUUUGGAGUUUGUUAAUUUACCAUCAAUUUUGGAUGAUAGGAGGGUAUGGGAGCCUGAUCCCAACGAGUUGUUUUCUUGCAAGUCUGCUUUUUAA